UACAACGACGUAACGUAUUACGCGUUUGAAGAUGGCGGCUCGCAGGUUCAGGUCGUGUGUUGUGAAACAUAGCUCGUGACACUAUAAAUAUAUUUGUUUGGAUAACAGAUUAAGAAAUACAAAUGCGGCUCUGUUUAAGGACAUUUUGCAACGUUAGAGGCUGAAUCUGGUGAUAGCAUUUAAAAGAUGGUGGCAGGUACCUAAAUGGCACUUUGAGCAACUGUCUCAAAGUACAACAACCUUACAGCCAGAGAGAGAGAGAAAGAGAGAGAAAAUGUUUCCAGCUUCAUGGUCACGACUUACCUGCCGGGCUCUGUGCAGCCGAGGACAGAGCACGCUGAGUCUGUUCUCCGGCUCUGAACCCGCUAACUGGACUAAAGUGGUCUCCGAUGCAGAGAGGAUCGUCGGAUAUCCUACCUCCUUCAUGAGCCUCCGCUGCCUGCUCAGCGAUGAAAUCAGUAACGUUGCCAUGUACGUCAGGAAGCUGGUCGGGACUAAACACCCUUUACUCUACACUGCAAGGGGCUUUGUCACCGACAACAGGAACAACCUUCAGAUGAGGGGACUGAUCGUACUGUUGUUGUCGAAAGCCGCAGGGCCGAGCCACACAUCCUCCGAUCUUCUGUCCCAGGGCAUGGUCAGCGGCAUCUAUCCUAGUCAGCGGCACUUAGCAGAAAUCACUGAGUUGAUCCACACGGCGUUCCUGGUGCACCGCGGGAUAGUUGAUCUGAAGGGGUGGACGGAUUCUGAUGGCCCGCUGAAGGACAUGGAGUUUGGGAAUAAGAUGGCUGUCCUGAGUGGCGACUUCCUGCUAGCAAAUGCCUGUACCGGACUUGCUCAACUAAAUAACACUAAGGUUGUUGAGCUGAUCUCGAGUGCCAUCGGUGAUGUGGUUCAAGGGAUCUACAGUGAGAACCAUAAUAAUAUUGAGGAGAAUAGUCUCACUGAUGGCGUUGACGUGGCGGCGUGGGAGGAGCACACGUUCCUGUCCCACGGAGCACUGCUGGCCAAGAGCUGUCAAGCUGCGAUGGAGCUCGCCAAACACAACAAGGAGUCCCAAAGAUUGGCCUACAAGUACGGCAAGCACCUAUCACUGGGCCACAAGCUGAACUCUGACCUGCAGCCGUUUGUGAAGAGCAGUGUGGGGGAGCCGGCGUUCAGUUUGAGCGCCGCCCCCGUGGUUUUCCACCGUCAGAUCGUUGGCCAGGAGGGAUGGCGUCAGCAGCUGCAGCAGGUAAAAACAAAGAGAAACCAACUGGAUUACUCAAAGCUCUUGGCAGCAGUGAAGUCGGAGAAAGGCGUGAGCUCGGCGGUGGACUUAUGCUGUUACCAUGGCAACAAGGCUCUGGAGGCCAUCCAGGCUCUCCCCUCCUCCGAGGCUCGGUCUGCCUUGGAGAACAUCGCCUCCGCCAUCACCAAAUUUUGACCUGGACUCAAACACACACACACACACACACACACACACACACACACACACACGAGUGUCUUUGUCUGCAGAGGCAACAGGAUGAGAACCACUGAACAGUUGACACUUAUGAGACAAAUUAACUUCUUCUGAGCCAGGAGCUGGCUCAUGUCUGGAGAAACCGUUGUGCUCUGUUGUGGAUGACCGUGUGCGUCAGAAAUGCAAUGGCUAUAUCCAUAAAUGGUCCUAAUUAAAACAAGAAUAAAGACCCAUUUCUUCAGCAUCA